AUGAAUUUUCUAACCAAUUUUCUCAUUUCCACACUAAUUUUGUGGAACGUCGUCGAAUGCCAACCUGCAAUCGGCGGUGAGCUCAACUGCACAAGAUACGACUCUGUUCUUGGAGAUUACGUCUACACGCCACAAGCAGUUGCCUGCGACAAUGUCCGCACGGAGACCUUCUGCCGUGUUCUGUUAGGUGUUGUACCUACCGCCGGAGGCAACGGGCUCCGUCCGGUCAGGUGCUGGACCAGGGGUCCAGCGCCGUAUCUUACUGAGCCAAUUAAUCCGGAUCUGGUUGUGGAUGGCAUGGCGACGUGCCCAAAAACUUGCGGAUUCUGUUGCAAGACCAGUGCGUAUAACUGUAGGAAUGCUGAUUUCCCCCGUCUCAACUGCGCCACAAUCCUACCUGCUCAGUGCAGAGAUCAACGCUGGCGAACGAUCAUCGCAGAGGACUGCCCGUCGGCUUGCGGGUUCUGUAAUCUCGGAGGUUGUGUGGACGCAAUUGCCGACUGUCCCGUCGACAUAUCCAUCUGUAACGCUGUUGGAAUGCAAGAUUUUGUGAAUAAAAACUGCCAACGGACAUGCUCCAGAUGCACGAAUGCUACUACGACUACUCAAGCGUCUUGUAGCAGCAGUGGCGGUAGCACCAGCACAUGCACCUCGUAUAACCCGGAUUCGAGUUCCUCGUGUGCUGCUUGGGCGGCAAAUGGCUUUUGUAUUAAUAUUAAUUAUACACAAGCACAAAAGAAAUCCUACUGUGCGAGGACUUGCAAAAUAUGUUGA